GUCAGUUUUGCUAGAAAUAGAUAAAUUCAUAAUUUGAAAAUGUCCUCACAUAAACCAAAAAUAAAAUUUGUGGAUUGAAUAUUUCUAGUUGUUCAAAUCAAAUUUCUUCAAAACUCACCAUAAACAGAGCAUAGCUCAUGGAUAAAAUUUUAGAAAAUUCAUCUUCCAAUAACUUGGAAGCAAAUUUACACUACCUUGAAUCCCAACAUCCUGAGUUGAGUGAAAUAGCUAAAAAUCUGGCUCAUAUGGCAAUGAAUACAACGCCUGCCUCCAUGUUAGAGUCAACAACAAAUCCUAAUGAACCACAAAGAUCGUUGACCAGUGAGGAUUCAACCUUUAAUAAUCCUUGGUAUCAAUAUUUAGUGAAAUUGCACCUUCAAGAUACAAAAAUUCAAGAUUUGUUAAAUCAGCAACAAAAACAAUCACAAAUGUCAAACAGUAAUAGCAACACUAAUAUGCAGAGUCUAGUAGAGAAUGUGAUAUUAAAUCAGCAUAAUGUUUACAAACCUGAAAAUCAAGUUACAGGAGUCGCCAAAAGUAGUUCUUUUGAGGACAAGACAACCAAUCAGAUCCCCGCAGUCUUAAGAGCUUCUGAAAGUAGAGCUCCUUCCGGAUCUCGAACUCUAUGCAUACCCAAUAUACCUAGUCAAAAGUACUCAGAUUCUUCUCUACUUAUCCCACAUCAGCUGCAGUCAAUAAAUGAACAAAUUCAAAACAGUCAAGAAACUAAUCAAUUACUACAGUACAUUAUACAAAAUAAUCUUUCUCAAAAUCCCAAUUUAAGCAUAUUAAGUCAACUUCUUCAAUCUCCAGCUAUAUCAAAUGAAUCAGGCAAUGUUUGGAGUUCAAUUAUUCAACCAUUGACGAAACAAUUAAUUCAACAAUAUCAGCAACAAAUGAAUGCUCACAAUGAAAAUACAACUGAUACUACUAACAACAACAAUAAUAGUAGUUGUAGCAGUGACAAUAAUAAUAACAAUAACUGCCUACAACAACAAUCUCUAUCAGAACCAAAAUCACAAUCUGUAUGGGUGGAUGGAUCUAAUAUACAGCACAAUAUUACAGAAACAUGUCAGCCAGUGCCACUCCCCAGUGUACAGUUAACUAAUCAACUACAAAGUAUUCCUAUCAUAUGUAAUCAAGAUGUUACUAGUACAGAACAUGAAGCCAAUGUGAAUAACAUAUCAGAUAUAGUUGAACAUGAAAUGGAGAAACUAAAUUUACAUGGAAUAACAAAAUAUCAAGAGAUGAAUACUAACAGUUCUGGUAACUGGAGUAAUACCGUGUUAUGUAAUAAUAAUAAUAAUAAUAAUAAUAAUAUGAAUGACAGUGUCAACACUACUAAUAUGAGCUAUUCAGGACAAUUGUCUAAUAUACCAAGGUUGAUGAAUCAAGAACGUCUUUGGAUGAGAAACUAUCAUAGAGAUAGAUUUGUUGUACGCAUCACAUCAGUAACAUAUCGUUGUUCAUGUCGAACGAAUACACCACAAAAUCGUCAUCGUACUGCUGACAUUAAACGAGAUUAUUGUCAAGGUAAAGAAUGCAAACGAAAUGAUCAACGUACCUAUGUCACUUUCCAAUCUCAGUUGCCUAGUUUACUUUUACCUGAUAAUGCUAGAAGAACUGCAAGACAUUUAUAUCACACUCCGUUAACUGGACUUCGAUUGGGAUUUACUUGUCCAUUGACAAGCCAAGGACCACCUAUGAGCGAUUUCAACACACCGAAAGUAGCAGAAAGACUGGAUGCAUGGGAACAAGCUGGAAAUCAACCAGGUUUUCGUGUACAAGUAUUGACAGCACUGCAGCAAACAGUUCGUCAAAUGCUUGAAUUGAUUAGAACUAAAGGGUUUGGAGCAGUGAAACUUGAUACAGAUUAUGUAUUUUUUCCACCAGCAUCUGAUUUACAACCAGUUUAUACAAGACGUCGUCCGCUGAGUUCUUCAUCAGAUGGUUCCCUACCAAGGGUUAUGGGACUUGAAAGAAUACGACGUGAAGUUUCAAAUGAUUCAAAGAAUCAUAGUUUCAAUACAAAAUUAAGCGAAAGUCUACAUCCGAAUCAAAAACCAGAACAAUCAACUUGGUCGGAUGCUAUGAGUAGUAGUGAAGGUGAAUGCAGAAAAACGACUACUACUACUAAUAAUAAUAACAGUAAUAUCCCAAGCACUAGUAGUGGGAGUAUACCGAGAAACAGACCACGUACAUGGCAUCAGCUACCUGGACAUAAUUCAUUGGUUAUAUCAUCACAAAAUAAAUCAGAUUAUGGAAUAAACGAAAACUUAUAUGAAAGAGAAAAUGAUAUCUACAUUACUAGAGAGAGUUUCGAUUCAACGCCAAUAUCAACCAAUCAGUUUACACAGAAUAAUACAUGCUGGUGUACUGCACAACCAAUGAGAUGUCCUACGCAUCAUUCACUCGGCUACAGUUCAUCUUUAUCUUCAUCACCGAUAAGAUUAAAUCCAAAUGUACACAGUGUAGUGAAUCAGAUGCAUCUAUCACCUUACAGUACAGUGGAUGAACGUUAUUUAUUUAAAGGAAAUAAUAAAAACAUUACACAUCAACUUCAAAGACACUUGGAUGCACCAUAUUCUACACCUGUAAGUCCAACACAAUUUAACUUGGGUGAACCAACCAACCACAACACAAUACACGACUGUAAAGUUAAUCCAGCACACUAUCAAGCUUCAACAUUACCAUCAUCAUCAUCAUCAUCACAGCAUGUGAAGAAAUUAGAAAUGUCUAGAACACCUGAGAGUUGCACUUCAGAAGGCUUUCAUACUGCAGAUAAUAAUUCACAACACAAAACUGAAAUGCAUGGAAGAUCAGAUCACUUAAGUAAGAUUCUACAAGAAAUUUCAAAUUGCCUUCAUACUAAUCCUCAAUAUCCCAUAGUCAUUAUGCCUACUCAUCAUAUGCUUAGUUCUAUCGAAGAUGGAAAAAUUCCCCCUGGGUUGAACAAAGCCACACCGCUUGUUUUUCAAAUACCUCAUUCUGAUUCAGUCUUUGUAGGCUUACCAGCCACUAGUGGAGUGAAUCCAAGAGUGAUGACUGCAUCACCUACAAAUGCUGUUGUAAUAUUACCAUCAAAUCAGAUAAACCAACAGUCAACCUCUCAACAACAACAACAACAUCAAGACCCUCCAACUUCCUCCAAUCUUCAACCUACUAUACUCACAGGUCCAAAACAAGGAUAUUUAUUAGUUAUAACACCAGAUAAUAAAUAUGAAUAUCUUCCAAAUCCAUAACUAUCAGUGAAAUGAAAAUUCUGUUUUGAUGUGCAUUUAUAAAUCAAAAAAUACUUGGCUGAUCAUUUUGUCCAUCACUUCUUGUACAUUGAUAUGAUUGAAUGAAAAAAUACAAAUCGGUAUACACCAAUUCGGAUAAUUACGUCAUCUCAAAUUUCUUACGGAACAUACACACACACACACGCAAACAUGCACACGGGUGGGGAAGAAAAUGGCACGGUACGGGGAUGGAUACAAGACUCACCUAUAAUAAUCAUUAUUUUUUUAAUCAUAGUCCAGUCCAUGAAACAGAUUACUAUUCCAUCUCAUACAUACCCUGUGAUAAUUGAAAAAAACCACAUUUCUGAAUAUUACAUUUCUUGUCUUCCUCUGAUUAUUCACCAAAUUAACAUGUGAACACCUCCUCCGACUGUUCCCUUUCCGCACUGUCACACCUGCCCUUCAGAAUGAGCAGUUUAUUCACUUGAAAGUUUUCAAAUAAGAAAAGCCUUCAUUGUUCUAUUUUCUUAGUUAAAUUUCUUUUUUGGAAAUGAAGAUAAUAUAAUUUUACUCACUUAUAAUUAUUAUUAUUAUUAUUAUAGUACAAAUGACUUUUCAAGCUUGAGUGAUUUUCAGCCAUAUCACCAACUAACUGUCUCCAGGUAUCUGUCCUAAGAAUCCCGAAAAACCCAAAAAAGCAGGCAGUCUAUACCUCCGUUGGUGGAUAGCUCAAACGAAUAGUCAAAGACUCUUAUGGAUUGAUAAAAGGUUUUAGUUUGACGUACCUUUGCUCUUUUGCAGCAUAAUCCUGUCAGCCGAGACGGUAGCUC